AUGGCCAACUUACCCAAAGUUCAUGUCACGCAGGCCAAGCUCUUUGUCAAUGUCGGUGUAGACUAUCGCGGUCCCUGUUUUUUGAAGGAGAAGAAACAUCGAAACAGAGGCCGGGUCAAAGUUUGGGUUGCUGUGUUUGUGUGUAUGACAGUGAAGGCUGUGUACCUCGAGGUGGUCAGUGACCUAACGACCGAGGGUUUUAUGGCAGCUCUCAAGCGGUUCAUCGCCCGGAGAGGUAAGCCCUUACACCUGUACUCUGACAAUGGGUCAAACUUCAUUGGGGCACACAAUGAAAUUCAGAAGCUGUAUGCUUUGCUCCAAUCUGAAACCAACAAUGAAAUGGUCCAGAAGAAGUUGAGUGAACAAGGAAUCACAUAG